CUCGGCCCAGUCGCGCUGCGAGAGGCCGCCCCGAGCCGAGCGCCGCCGCCCGCCACCCCGCACGGCACUGUGACUGAUGAGAAUUAAAGGCCAUGGAUGAAGAUGGACUUGAACUGCAGCCACAUGAGCCAAAUGCGUUUUUUGACCCAACAGGAUCUGAUGCAGCACAUAUGGAUGGAGAUCAAAUUGUUGUGGAAGUGCAAGAAACAGUAUUUGUUUCAGAUGUGGUGGACUCAGACAUAACUGUGCAUAACUUUGUUCCUGAUGAUCCAGAUUCUGUAGUCAUCCAAGAUGUCAUUGAGGAUGUUGUUAUUGAGGAUGUUCAGUGCUCAGAUAUCAUGGAAGAGGCAGAUGUGUCUGAAACUGUCAUUAUUCCUGAACAAGUGCUGGGCCCAGAGGUAGCUGAUGAGGUUUCUUUAGCACACUGCACUGUUCCAGAUGAUGUUUUAGCUUCUGACAUAACAGCAGCAGCAUUGUCUAUACCAGAACAUGUACUGGCAAGUGAAUCAAUGCAUGUACCUGAAGUUGGGCAUGUGGAACAUGUGGUUCAUGAUAAUGUUGUAGAAGCAGAAAUUGUCACCGAUAGUCUGGGAGAAGAUGUAGUUUCUGAAGAAGUGUUGGUAGCAGACUGUGCCUCAGAAGCAGUGAUCGAUGCCAAUGGAAUCCCUGUGCAGCACCAAGAUGAUAAGGGCAACUGUGAAGAUUACCUUAUGAUUUCCUUGGAUGAUACUGGGAAGAUAGAACAUGAAGGUUCUGCUGAAAUUACCAUGGAAGCAGAUUCAGAAGGUGAUCCGUGUAAAGUGGACAGCAUUUGUCCAGAAGUCAUCAAAGUAUAUAUCUUCAAAGCUGAUCCUGGAGAUGAUGAUUUAGGAGGCACAGUAGACAUUGUGGAGAGUGAAUCUGAGAAUGAUCAUGGAGUGGGACUACUGGAUCAAAACAGCAGUGUUCGUAUUCCAAGGGAAAAAAUGGUUUACAUGACUGUAAAUGAUUCUCAGCAUGAAGAUGAAGAUUUAAAUGUUGCAGAAAUUGCUGAUGAGGUUUAUAUGGAAGUGAUUGUGGGGGAAGAAGAUGCAGCAGUGGCCCAUGAACAGCAAAUUGAUGACACUGAAAUUAAAACUUUUAUGCCCAUAGCUUGGGCAGCAGCUUAUGGUAAUAAUACUGAUGGGAUUGAAAGUCGGAAUGGCACUGCAAGUGCUCUCUUGCACAUAGAUGAGUCUACUGGACUUGGGAGACUAGCUAAACAAAAACCAAAGAAAAGGAGGAGACCUGAAUCCAGGCAGUACCAAACAGCAAUAAUCAUUGGCCCUGAUGGCCAUCCUUUGACUGUCUACCCUUGCAUGAUUUGCGGAAAGAAGUUUAAAUCCAGAGGUUUCUUGAAAAGGCACAUGAAAAACCAUCCAGAGCACCUUCUUACUAAGAAGAAAUACAGAUGCACGGACUGUGAUUACACUACCAAUAAAAAAAUAAGUUUACAUAACCACCUGGAGAGUCACAAGCUGACUAACAAAACAGAAAAGCUUAUUGAAUGCGACGAGUGUGGGAAAAGCUUCUCUCAUGCAGGAGCUUUAUUUACUCACAAGAUGGUGCAUAGGGACAAAGGAGCCAACAAAAUGCAUAAGUGCAAAUUCUGUGAUUAUGAGACAGCGGAACAAGGGUUACUGAGUCGUCAUUUGCUGGCUGUCCACAGCAAGAACUUUCCUCAUAUUUGUGUAGAGUGUGGCAAAGGAUUUCGUCAUCCGUCAGAGCUCAAGAAGCACAUGCGAAUCCAUACUGGUGAAAAGCCAUAUGAGUGCCAGUAUUGUGAUUACAGGUCUGCUGACUCUUCUAAUUUGAAAACUCAUGUAAAGACUAAACAUAGUAAGGAAAUGCCAUUCAAGUGUGAUAUUUGUUUUCAGACUUUUUCAGAUACCAAAGAGCUGCAGCAGCAUAUACUUAUACAUCAAGAGAGCAAAACACAUCAGUGUUUGCAUUGUGACCACAAGAGUUCAAACUCAAGUGAUUUGAAACGGCAUAUAAUUUCAGUCCACACAAAGGAUUACCCUCACAAGUGUGAUAUGUGUGAUAAAGGCUUUCAUAGGCCUUCAGAACUGAAAAAACACGUGGCAGCCCACAAGGGUAAAAAAUUGCACCAGUGCAGACAUUGUGACUUUAAGAUUGCGGAUCCAUUUAUUCUAAGUCGCCACAUUCUCUCAGUUCACACAAAGGAUCUUCCAUUCAGGUGUAAGAGAUGUAGAAAGGGGUUUAGGCAACAAAAUGAGCUAAAAAAACACAUGAAAACACACAGUGGCAGGAAAGUUUAUCAAUGUGAGUACUGUGAGUAUAGCACUACAGAUGCCUCAGGCUUCAAACGGCAUGUUAUUUCUAUUCAUACAAAAGACUACCCUCACCGUUGUGAAUACUGCAAGAAAGGUUUCCGAAGGCCUUCAGAGAAGAACCAGCACAUUAUGCGGCAUCAUAAAGAUAUUGGGCUGCCUUAAAGUCUCUUUUACAGACUUAUGGCUUGGAGUUGUAAAGGAUAUUGCUUUUCAGGCAGUCAGCUUAUUUUAAAGCCAAUCACCUGCGAUCA